AUGUAUACAUCUAUUAAUUUGUCCUCUUUUUUCAUCAUUAUCAUUAUUAAUUUGAUCCCGCAAUACGCGUUACGCAUUGUAACCGUGGCCUUACGGACGGCACUCGACGCUGAGAAAACUCAUUCGCCUUCCUCGUCGCCACCACCGACACCUCCAUUACCUGAGUCCAUAAAAUCGGCAUCGCCUUCACCUGCCUCGCACCCGUCUCCACCUGUAAUCACACCCGAAUUGACACCACCACUGCUAGCGUCCUUGUCGACAACACUGAGGUCGGGUGUGGUGUCUCCGCCAACGGGCAACGGGGUAGCUCCCAACCCGUCUGUUGCCGCUACAAGUACCACUAUUGCCGUCGCUACGCUCAGCCCCACGGCCUCUUCUCCCUCUCCUCCCCUCUCUCACCCGUCUCCUCCUCUCUCUCUCUCCCCUUCACCUCCACCCCUACCCCACUCCUCUUCUCCUCCUCUGGCCCUUCCUCUCCGAUCGACCCCCUCGCCCGAUCUUCUACCUACAUCGUUCACCAGCUCGCCGCUCUCUUCCUCAUCGCCACCUCAGGCCGCCACCGGCCCUUCGUCGACCUCAACCACCUCCGCCCUUGUCUCUUCAAGAUCACGCUUCUUCCCUCCUCCUCCUCCUCCACCCCCUCCACUCAUAUCUCCUCCCACUUCCUACCUGCCCGCAACCCACCCUUUCCUCCUGCAACCGACCCCGAUUACCCCACCGCGACAUUCUUAUCAACCAUACAAACGCCCAACGUCUUCUUUCAUCCUGACCACCAGCAACGCCUCCGCCGCCUCGUCCGCUACGAGUAAGGCGAACCAGUUACUGACGCCCCACCCGCUUGCUCCUCCCGCCCUCGGUGUGUCCUACCCUGCGCAGCACGUGCCGCCACCGCCCCCGCUGCCGACGACGACCAAGUCGACGUCGCCCAACGCCAUCCUCUCCUCGUCAUCAUCAUCGUCGUCGUCGUCGUCAGCCCAACGACUCGGGUUACAAAGUUCCCGGGAAAAGAUCACAAAUCACGCACGACCUCCGACUGCAGAGAUGGACAUUAGUGACCAACAAUCGAUUUCCACCGGAGACUGUAAGUAA